GAAGCCACCUCUGGCACUUCAUCGUCCAUAAAAUCUCAGUCGGAGAAACCACCCAGCCCGGAUUCGUUAAUGGUGAUCCUGAAAGAGAUUGCUGGUCUCUUGCACCAACUAGGCAACGCUCCUCCAGUUGUCCAGGAACUGCUUGGAGGGGGUGAGGUUCAGGCACUUUGUGCUUUUGUUCGCGCCUGUCCAAUCAAAAUGGGUGGUAUUAUGGAGGCGCUGCACGAAGGGCUCAAGAGAGAUAUCACUACAUUGGAAACGCUAGCUUCCCAGGCCAGCGCGACCUCCUCCAACGCUCUACCGUCAUUGGCGGAAGUUAAAUCCCGAGCACUAGGACAUGCAUAUUGCAUGUAUGGCAUAUAUUCUCUCAUGGCUCUUACGGACCGGACAUCUGCUGGUGACAAUCCCACCUCCCCUA